UGUCUGGGCUCCAGCGCGGGGGAGCGUCGGUGCGGGCGGAGGUGUCGCAGCUGUGCGGAGAGGCGGAGCCGGCCGCAGGAGGAGGAGGCAGCGCGGGAGGGAAGGCCGGUGUUUUCCUACCUGGCUCGCACGCUGCUGGUGCUGGGAGAGUAGAGCUCCAAGAUUUGCUUUGAGGUCACAUUGGUAUGAAAUAUGGAUAUGUCAUCUUUGAUGAGAAGUUCACCUGGGAAAGAAAAGAACUUGUUUCUUAUUAGAAAAAUGUAAGGAAAACAAGUGAUCAGAGAAAUCAUGCCAAAGGCCAACUCUUCAUCUUUUUGUAUCAUCUUUGUGUAGCUUUUGAUGCAUCAAGACAAAUGAAUCAUACAUUAAGAAAAAAGAGUUGGUCAUUGAUAUUAUUUGCAGCAGUUUAAAAUCUUUUUCAUGACUAUAUACAACACUGCUAUAAAAUUCAACACAUAUAAAAAUCUGCAAGACUGUGAUUAAAUACCUAUCUUUUUUAUCUCUCAGAAUUUCAAUACUUUUAACUUGAUUUUUCCUUACCAAAGUCCUCAAAAAUUUCUAACAUUGGGAUAGAGAUGGACUUGGAAAUAUGUACUCUUAUAACAGACUGCAGUGAAUUUAAGACAAGUCAAGUCCUCAGCCAUUGUGCCAUCCUGAACAUCACAUGAGAACAUAGCUCUGAGCUUCACUGCAAACAUUUCUUUGAAAAUGGCGUGGGUAAGAUUCUUACGGAAACCUGGUGGUAAUCUUGGAAAAGCUUAUCAAGCUGGAAGCAUGCUUUCGCUGGCCCCCACUGUAGGCUUGCUGAAUGAACCCGGACAAAACAACUGCUUUCUCAAUAGUGCUGUGCAGGUUUUAUGGCAAUUGGAUAUAUUUCGACGAAGCUUGCGGGUUCUAACUGGACAUGUCUGUCAGGGAGAUGCCUGCAUAUUUUGUGCAUUAAAGACAAUAUUUGCACAGUUCCAGCACAGUCGAGAAAAGGCCCUUCCUUCAGAUAAUAUAAGGCACGCUCUUGCUGAGAGCUUCAAAGAUGAGCAGCGCUUUCAAGUUGGCCUCAUGGAUGAUGCUGCAGAGUGCUUUGAAAAUAUAUUGGAGAGGAUUCAUUUUCACCUGGUGCCAAGCAGAGAUGCAGACAUGUGUACCUCUAAAUCUUGUAUCACUCAUCAGAAGUUUGCCAUGACUCUUUAUGAACAGUGUGUGUGUCGUAGCUGCGGAGCUUCCUCAGACCCUCUGCCUUUUACAGAGUUUGUGCGGUACAUUUCUACAACAGCCCUAUGCAAUGAAGUUGAAAAAAUGAUGGAAAGGCAUGAACGCUUUAAACCCGAGAUGUUUGCAGAAUUGCUACAAGCAGCAAAUACAACAGAUGACUACCGGAAAUGUCCUAGUAACUGUGGCCAAAAAAUAAAAAUUCGCCGUGUUUUAAUGAAUUGCCCAGAGAUUGUCACAAUUGGGCUAGUCUGGGACUCAGAACAUUCUGACUUGACUGAAGAUGUUAUUCGGAAUAUAGCAACACAUAUGUAUCUUCCUGGGCUUUUCUAUAGGGUUACUGAUGAAAAUGCCAAAGAUAGUGAACUUCACCUUGUGGCUAUGAUCUGCUACACCAGCCGACAUUAUUGUGCCUUUGCUUUUCAUACCAAGAGUUCCAAGUGGGUGUUUUUUGAUGAUGCACAUGUGAAAGAGGUUGGAACGAGAUGGAAAGAUGUCAUGUCCAAGUGUAUCCGAUGCCAUUUUCAGCCACUGCUUCUGUUUUAUGCAAACCCAGAUGGUACAGCAGUCUCCACUGAGGAUGCACUCAGGCAGGUUGUCAGCUGCUCACACUACAAAUCUGUUGCAGAAAAUAUGGGUUGUGAAAAGCCUACAGUCUACAAGCCAGAUAAUCUGAAAGAAAAUGGAUUUAGUGGACAAGCAAAACAGAGAGAACAUCAGAAGCUUCAAACCAAUAAUGUUUCAUCAUUUAAUCGAAGCCAAAUUCAGCCAAAUGGAGGGAGAGUUAAGUUCAACUACAGUGAUCAAAGAGAAAAGAUAAAAGAUAUCUCCAGAGAAUGUGCUCUGAAAGCUAUUGAACAGAAAAACAUGCUUUCUUCACAAAAGAAAGAUUUAGAAAAGGGACAAAGAAAAGAUGUAAGCCAACAUAGAGAUUUGGCAGAUGAAGAUCUCACUCAUCUCAAGUCUGGAUCACCUCCAACCCCAAAUGGCUUUAGACAACAAGUGAAUCCACAUCUCUAUCAUAGCCAAGGCAAAGGACCCUGUAAAUAUGACCGCAUUGCACACGAGAGCCAAAUUUCUGGACAAAUGAUAAGUUCAGGCAGAUCUUCGAUUCCUGUUCCAGAAGAGAAAACAGCAAGCAAAGUUAGGAGUGACAGUGGCACUGGAUAUGACACAGACAGCAGCCAAGAUUCUAGGGACAAAGGAAGCAGCUGCAAUAGCAGGAGUAAAAGCCGGAACCGUGGUUGGAAACCUAUGAGAGAAACAUUAAAUGUGGAUAGUGUUUUUAGUGAGAGUGAAAAAAGGCAGCAUAGUCCAAGACAUAAGUCACAUGUCAGCAGCAAACCUAAAGGUGGCAAAGAUCAGAGUUUUAAUAAUUGGCCAAAAGAAAAUCCAAAGCAAAGAGGGUUAAUGACCAUAUAUGAAGAUGAAAUGAAGCAGGAAAUAGGAAGCAGAAGUUCCCUUGAAUCUAAUGGAAAAGGAACAGAGAAAAGUUCAGGCUUCACAGACAGUAAAGAUCGUGGUAACAACUGGCAGAUGCAAAGGACAGAGUCUGGCUAUGAAAGCAGCGAUCAUAUCAGUAACGAAUCUACUAAUUUGGACUCACCUGUUAUUGAUGGAAACAGCACAGGAGUGGAUACCAGUGGUGUUAAAGAAGUGGCAUCCUUCAGUGAGCAGAUUAAGAUGAGUAACCCAAGUAUAGACUGUACAGACUAUAGGUCUCAUCAGAGCAGAAACCACUUAGAAGACUCCAGAAAAGAACCUAAAGACUUGGAAGCAGGCUAUAAAUCUUAUGAUCUCCAUCCAGAAUCACAUCUACAAAUAAAAAGUCAUUUGAUAAAAAGGCCACAUGUCCAUGAAACCAGUGACAAGUUAUUUACUUCAGCCAGUGCACAAAUUCUCCAGGACCAUACUGUACGAGGGCCUGCUUGCCAGUCGGAUGAACAGAAACUUAAAAAACCAAAUGAGUGCCAGUUUUCUGAACGGCUAAAUCCAGACACUCCUGAAGGAACAGGUUUGCCCCUUCACAGGGGUGCCAGGCCUGUGCCUGGGAAGAGAGCCAGUAGUAAUGAAGCUGCCUCACCCUCUUCAGCAGGUUCUUCACACGGGAGAACUACUGGAAUGAAGUCACAAAUUGUACAGUUUGUCCCCGAAAGCAUAAUGGAGCAGUGCUAUUCUGAGAAAACUCUAUCCAGAGACUCUAGAAUUCAGUCAACCUGCCUAUCUGACAGUUGUCAGAUGCCAAAACUAAUUUGCCACAAUUCACCACCUCCUUUGCCACCAAAGAAAUAUGCUAUGACCAGUGUGCCACAGUCACAGAAAAAUGAAUUUAUUUCUGAUGUCAGACCCACAGAGGUGUUUAGUGCUAAUUCCUGCAGUCUUCCAAAACCCAGCUUAAGUACAGCUUCAGAACCAAGUUUGAAAGUGAGCACAUGCAUGAACAGUGAGAGAUGUAAAGAAAUGAUUCAAGUGAAGCAGUGUGCUGGCAGUGCGCACGAUGACCCGGACAACUUUUCAGCAUAUGAUUUUCAGGCAAACUCAGUUGCAACGGCUGCUGCAUGUUGCCAGCCAGAUCAAGACUGUCAUUCAGCGGGCCCACAUGAGACAGUUUCAUUAACCACCUAUUUUUCAGUUGAUAGUUGCAUGACAGAUACAUACAGACUGAAAUACCACCAAAGACCCAAGCUCUGUAUUCCAGAGAGCAGUGGCCAUUGUAAUAAUUCACUGCCUCAAACUGAAAGAGUGGGGGAAUCCAUGUUACAUAAUAACAGUUCAAGCUGCCCUUCUGAACAAAGAUAUAAGAGUAGCAUAGAUUGUAAUAAAUAAAUGAUGAAAUUGCAAGCUUAACAUUUCUGAAGACAAUUAAAGUAUACCAGCUAACUAAACCUGGUGAAAUGCAAAAAUCAUGAAUCACUAUAUAUCUAUGCCAUUCUAUUUUAUGAUUAUCAGUUUAUCAGGUAUUUUAGAAAUUUCUUUUAAGUAGUCUUGGCAUGCCAUGAAAAGUGGGACACUCAUAAAAAGUAUAUUAUUAUUUACUAUAUGUAACAGUUGAGUAAAAAUGAAAUUUGUCUCUCAUUAUAUGGCUAGUAGACCCAUAAGUAUUAAACUGAUCAGGACUUACUUUGUAGGUUGGUAAACUGCUAAUUGAAAAAUGCACAUUGUGUAGUGAAAGCAGUAUUUGCUUUUUGCAGAGCACUUUCUCAUGGGAAAAGCACAGGAUGGCUGUACCCAUUUGUUUUUGACUUCCAUGAUAGUCUAAUGUGUAUGAACCCUUCAAGUGUCUUAAAAAUAUUGACCCAUGAAUUUGAUACCAUUUUGGGUACCAUUUGCCUUAAUGAUUAAAGAUUUUUAAGUUAAAGUCUCAAGGUCACUACUCAUAGAACUUUUCAGAAUAUCUACUUGGCAUAAAUUGGGCCUCUGACUAUUAUUUGUAUUCAUAAUUAGUACUUGAGCCAUGUAAGCUAAAAGUCAAGAUACUUAAAAUUUAGUAUUUAUUUAUCUUGUUAUAUUUUUUCUAAUGUUAUAUGAAAUGUGAAGGGUCUUUAUUUUGGUUUAGUUUACUUUGGGCUGCUAAUAACCAGUGCUAGGAAUGUUCAUUGGGCUCUGAUAUUGAGACUCACUGUCAUUGCCUAAGUUUUCUCUACUCUGAUCUUACCUGUAUAAAGGUUUUCAAUUCAUUUUAUUAACUGAGGCUUCCAAGUUAAGUUUCUACCUACCUUUCGUAUAAAGUUUAAUUUUAAAGAAAUGUUGGGCAUCCUGGGGUUUUGUCCCAUUUUCUCUUUAUCCCAGCUACCUUCAUGGAGUGAGCUUUGUAAUUGAAUUUUCAUUAUCGUGAACUAACCACUGAAAAUAAAUUAUUUGAAUUGCCUUA